AUGGGCAUCUUUGCCAAGGAACUCUCCACCUUCCAAAUCACAACCACAAUCAUCUUCUUCCUUUCCCUAUCUUUCUUCAUUGUGAUCCUUGCAAUGUUCAUCAAUGACAAGUACAAGAAGAUCAUAGUCUAUGAAGACAUAUACUUCCCUCACCCACCCAACAACAACUCCUCCUCCUGCACUUCCCCUACCUCUUCAUCAUCACCAUCCCAUAAUGUUGGUUUUGAUGAGUUUAAGGAUUGGGUGUCUCCCAAGGAUGUUUGGCACUCCAUGAGUGACCAAGAGCUGCUGUGGAGGGCUUCGAUGGCGCCUCGAAUCGCGGAGUAUCCGUUUAAUCGGACGGCUAAGGUGGCGUUUAUGUUCUUGGCUAGAGGAGGGUUGCCUUUGGCACCUCUAUGGGACAUGUUCUUUAGAGGACAUGAAGGGCUGUUCUCCAUUUAUUUGCAUGUUAAUCCACAGUUUGGAUAUGUUGAGCCCCCUGAAUCUUCUGUGUUCUACAAACGUAGAAUACCAAGCAAGGCAGUGCAAUGGGGAAGAGCGAGCAUGAUAGACGCGGAAAGACGACUCCUAGCCAACGCACUUCUCGACGCCUCCAACGAAAGAUUCAUAUUACUCUCCGAAACGUGCAUUCCUCUCUUCAACUUCUCCUUCAUCUACACCUACCUCGUAAACUCCGAAAAAAGCUUCCUCGGACUCUUCGACGAUCCGCGCAAAAUCGGGCGCGGCAGAUACAACAAGCGAAUGUACCCAACGAUUUCCCUCUCCGACUGGCGAAAAGGGUCCCAAUGGUUCGAAGCCAAUCGCCGGCUGGCCGUCGAGAUCGUGUCCGACGUCGUUUUCUACCCGAUUUUCCGGCGACACUGCGCGCCGCCGUGUUACAUGGACGAGCAUUAUUUGCCGACGCUUGUUAACGUUGUUUGUCCCCGGCUGACGGCGAAUCGGAGUGUCACGUGGGCGGAUUGGUCCGCCGGCGGGUCGCAUCCGACGACGUUUGUGGGGAGGGAUGUGACGGAGGGGUUUUUGGAUGGGGUGAGGUUUGGGUCUAGGUGUAGUUAUAAUGGGAGUGAUAAUAAUGUUUGUUUUCUUUUUGGGAGAAAGUUUCACCCUUCCACUUUGCAACCAUUGCUUAGGUUGGGACCAAAAUUGUUUAAUUUGGUUUCAAUUUGA